UUCUUCAUGUUUCUCUCUCUCACAUACACACACACAUACAUUAGUCUCUUUCUUCUUGAGAGCCUUCACACCUUACAUUCACUUUCCUCUUUUAGGUAACAUGAGAUGAGAGAGAGAGAGAGAGAGAGAGAGAGAGAAAGAGUGGGUGGGAUGAUAAAAUCAGAACGAGACAGAGGAAGUGACAGAGACAGCAUGAAGCAUGUAAAAUGCAACCAGUUGUAGAACAAAGAGAAACCUCGUCAAACUCAGAACUUUAAGGAACCUUAAGGGGAUUCAUUUUUAAUUUUUUAAAUUAAAAAAUCUUAUCAAGUGAAAACUUUCAGCAAUGGCCUGCUCUCCGGACGAGCAUGAACACAAAGGUUCCUGCUGCAAAAAAUGCCCAAAAGGGAAACAUGUGUCAAGUUACUGUGCUGCAUCUUCACAAACGGAGUGUGCACAGUGCCGUAGUGGCUUCUACACAGAAACUGAUAAUUUUAUAGACGAUUGCUUGCCAUGUAGAUCAUGUGACCCUAACAACCAUCUGCAAACAUCAAAGUACUGCACAGCAGACAGCAACACAAAAUGCAAGUGCAUGGAGGGCUUCUACUGUACUCAAACAUCUGGAAAUUGUCAAGAUCACUGCGAGAAAUGUGAAUUAGUCCACCGCUGCCCACCAGGACAAGGAGUUUCAGUUCCCUCCAACAGCACACGUAACACAGUGUGCAAGCUCUGUCCACCAGGAACCUUCAACAAGGAGACUGAUUAUGUCACACCUUGUCAAAAUCACACCAGCUGUUCGGAUCUGGGUCGGUCUUUGAUAUCAGCUGGAACAGCAGAAACAGACGCCGUAUGUGGAGAUUUUAUACAUCGCUGUCAUUGGAUGAUUCCUGCUAGUUUGUGGGCGGGGCUAAUCCUGACGCUCAUGCUCAUUAUGAUUGGAGUUAUUUAUCUGAAGUGUAAGCGUAGAGGAAAAGCAGUGAUUACAUUGGUGACUUCAGAGAAUUUCGUCCCACCAGCUCUUCCUCCAGACGUCAUCAAGUAUCCGGGAAGCCCAGAGUUACAAACACUCACUCACAGCAGUAAGCUCUGUGCUGAAGAGGACGACGGCACUCUCGAGACUGACGGCGUCUCUGUGAACAUGUUUUUGGAGAAGUGUGGAGCUCUGUACAUCCCGGACACCUGCAUGUCCUACAUCAGCGAGCCGUACAGGUCCGAGCCGCAGGAGGACGACUGGCCUGUACCCUGACACACCCUCGGCUUCUCCUGCGCUCUCUCCCGCUUCCUCCUCACUCUGUCCCGCUGCUCAUUUCAGGUUUUUCCCCCAAAUACUUCAACACACACACACGCACACACACAGGCUCCGUUUUAGAGGUGAUGUGUGUGUGUAAUACCCAUAAUGCACUGCGAGGAGUCAGCCAUGUUACCUGGAGCAGAGAGCUGGAGUUCUGAUGUGUUUAACAUCUCUGUGUCCAAUAAUCUUAUUAUUAUUAUUUUCCCACAUUCUUUCAUUUCCACUUGAUGAAUGUUAAUAAAAUAUUACAUUUUAUCAAUGCUAGCAUUUGGGACACUGUUUUAUUUAAAUGAAGAUAUACAGAUUUUUGUUUUAUUUAUUUAUUUUUUUGCUAAACCUAUGUAGAAUGUACAGCUUGAACACGAUGCAUAACAAAAUAAUACUUGUAUUCAUUUUGUAGUUUUAUAAAUACUUCUUUUUAAUAGGUGAUGUAAUUUAAAAAUUCAGUAAAUCUAUUCCUGUAAAAAAAAUAACAAUAUUUAUCCUUCUAGAGUUGCAUUCGUGUAUGAAGCUGGUAUAAUAAUAUAGUGUCUAUAAUAAUAGUGAUGUGUAAUCACUAAACAUUUAUUUGAAUUAAGUAAACAAUUCUGUAAAAUUUUACAGCGUAACAUCUCAUAAUUCCUUCAGAUACGGGAAGAAAAGAAAAGGGGUUUUACGCUGUAGAGUUUGAGUGUAAGGGGUCACUGACAGCUACAGACAGGACUACAGCGUCCCCUGGUGGCUCUACCUCUGAUGAUUGUUUUUACCUUCACAUAUUUAAUUUGCUGUAGCCUUUAGGCAAAUGUUAUCCGAAAACCCAGUGCUAAUCAUGCUUACCAAUACCACUUCAUGAAAAUAUAUAUCCAAUUCAAUUACUCAUGAAGGCUCUCUUUAAUUAUUGCAUUAUUAAAGUUAUAAAUGACUGCUGUAUGCUGAUUGCCCUCAUCCCUGCUGGAAGUACAAUAGAAAUACAUAGAAUUUGUAAUGGUUUUAAUGGGAAUUGUAUUGGUUUUAAUGGAAACUCUAAUGGUCCCUGUGGGUCACUACUGGUAAUUCCUUACCUUCUGUUGGUGGCAUGUUAUGUCUAGUGGAUACCAUUAAGGACCAGUAAUGGUUUUAAUAGUUAGCUGAUGGUUUGUAAUGGUAUUUGUACUGGAAACCAUUAGAAUUUUUUUGAUGGUUUCUAUUGUUUUUUCAGCAGGGAUAGUUUCAUCUAACAUUUGAACUUAGUGGACAUUUUAUUCUAGCACUGGCGAUUGUUCUGUUUUAUUCAUGUUUUAUUUAUUUUUUCCUGAUUUAGGUUUUUUUGUUGUUGUUGUUGUUGUUGUUUGUUUUGUUUGUUUUUUUAGUCUGAUUAAUUUACUUCUUGACCGAGUCAGUUGCUAGCUAGCAUUCAGUGAAUCAAUCUGAACGAAUCAUUUAAACUGAGUCACGGAAAUGACUCAAAAAGUCUAAUAUUGAGCCACUUCAAGCUCGUGUUAGCACAAAAUCAAGCUAUAUUCCUGAGGACUGGUCAAUAAGUGACCAUUAGCAGCUAUUAGCUAACUAUCUACCUGACUACUGGCUCAGUAUUAGACAUUUCUGAGUCAUUUCAGUGACUCAAUUUAAAUGAUUCGUUCAGAUUGAUUCGCUGACUUAUUUAGUUUGGCCAAAUGUAACUACAGCCUCCAUUUAAAGCCAGCAACAAACAGCUUGUUCAAAAGCGAUUCAAUGAACUCUGAUCAGCUACACAAGCAGAAGAAUCUCAGUCAUGGCUGAAAGAUUUACUGGAAUCAUUGGCUUAUCUACACUCAGGUUCAUUUUAAAAUCUAACUUAACAUAAGCCUAGGCAAUUGAGAAUCAUAAAUCAGGGUUAUUUGAUAAUUUGCUGAUGCUGUUCUUUUUGGGUUCUUUUUGGGUCUGAUGAGUGCAGCAGCAACUGAACAAAACAAAUGACUCACUGCAUACUGAUUCACUCAUCUAGAGACUCAAUCAGUAUCUACUGACUGUGAUGUGGUCCUUCAUCUGAACAGGUCUGUUUGUCAGGAGACUCUGCUGGAAAGAAAUAAUAGGACACAUUACAGACUUCUGUUGGUUCUUGAUGGUUUUUAAUGGAGUCUAAUCAGUAUUCUGUAUGUUUGGAAUAUUAGCAACUGUAAUUAAACUGAAUUCAUAUGUUGCUCAUAAGCUUGCUCAUUAGGGAUAAAAGUUAUAAAUUUAAUGUAUAUAUUUCUGUAAUGUUGCUUUGUUACAAUGUCCAUUGUUACAAGUGCUAUAUAAAUAAAAUAAAAUUGAAUUGAA